AUGCUCUCGAACUAUGGCGAAGAGAUAAAGAGCGCCUUCAAGUGUCUACAAAAAGAGGCUGGAGAGGCAUUAGUGGAGCAAGACCCUUUAUUGCGGGAGGAGCGGAGACAGACGCUGCUGAAUUCGUUGCGAUUUGACCGAGGCAAAGACAGCUACUUGCUCUCCUUCUUCUUCAACGCACGUGGCGAGGAUAUAGAGAAGUUGAUGAUCGGAACAUACAAGUCGUUACAAAAACAACUAUUCAAGCAAAUUCCAGCGCUUGAUAUCGACUUUGACUAG